AUGUCGGACAAAAGUCCUAGAGAGAUCUCUUAUUUUUGGAAGGAUGCCCUUCAGUGGACUAUUUUCUGUGGCAUAAAUCCCGUCGAUUACCCAGCUUUCAAAAAUGGCCACUUCAACAGUACAAUCUUGGAAGGAAGCGAUCCACUCCAGUCUCUGGAAGAACUUAGAAAUUCUAAAGAGCUCAGUGAUGAAGAAAAGGCAGUCGUUGAAGGCUGUAUCAAAGUAUCCAAACCUUUAUUUAAUAAUCCUACGUACAAUAGCCACAAUCCCUUUUUAAUAGAGUACGAAGACCUCUGGAACGAGGUCAAAAAACUCAAUCAAAUGUUCGGGAAUGACGGUGUUCGUCAAGGCAGAUGCUCUGUUUGUACGAAACGAGUGCUAGAAAUUGAGUACAUUUUCGAUGAAAACAGAGUUUUGAAGAGGAUGGCAACGGAUGAUGCAGUCCCAGUGGAAGAGUUGAGACCCAGACUUUGGGAUCCAAAAUUUCACGAUUCCUUCAUGAGGGCAAGGGAUAGGCAGUCGACGACAAUUCCUAAGGAAUACACUUUGAGUGAUAGAGAAUUUGUUGUUGAGCCUACUGAUGAUACGAGCUCUGGAAGCACGGAGGAUGAACUUAAAGAAGGAGUUGCAAACGAUUUAGAUGAGUUGGUAGAGCGGGAUGAGAUGAACGUUCGAGGUGAGGCAAAGGCUGAGAGUACUGACGAUGGUGAUGAGUUGGCUGCAGAUUUGUCGGAUAAGUUUGGCCCUCUAACCUUGAUUGGCACGGAUGAGAAGGCUCAAGAGUAA